AUGGGUGAGGACGACGACCUCGCGAAAAGAUUUGAGAGUAUUUUCUCCAAGAAACCGGUUGCAAAUAAUGGAUGGGAUAAACCCGCCGCUCUCGAUAAAACCAGUUACGACGCUAGUAGUAGCUGGCAAGCGACUGAAGAAGCUUCCCUCGAGGAUUUACUUGAAGAAUUGGGUGCUGAAGAUACUUCAUGGAUCGAGGAGGCAAAAUCUCUAUCGAUAGAAGGGAAGCAGGCGGGGAAAUUAAAUAACGACGACUCUAGUGCUGUGAAUAAACUUCUUGCAGAAGCAAAAGAGAGGUUAAAAGCCCAAGAUCAAAAAGAAGAAUCAGAUAAAAAAAAGACAUUACUCGAAAGCUCAGCCAAAACCAAUGAGCAUGAUGAAGAUAAAACUGCGAAUUCAGAUGACGAAGCGGAUGUAAUAUUACGCCAGAUCCAAGAUUCUUUAAGCCUCGAAGAUACAGUCGAAGAUAAAGAAGGAUCAAAGAAUGCGGCUCACAACGUCUCCUCACCGGGCAACGAAGAUGCCGAUGAUGCCGAUGAUGAACUGGCGAAACGAUUCGCCGCGCUGGAUCAGUUAAACCUACCACCACCUCCCAAAGAUUUACCGCUGAACUCAUUGAAUCUUCCUGGUGUCCCCAAAUCACAGCCUGGUGUUAAGGGCAAGAAGACAAUGACCCAAAAGGUUGACGAUCUAGCGGAUGAUAUUGAGAAUUGGUGCUGUAUAUGUAAUGAAGAUGCUGUGGUCAAGUGCUUAGGUUGUGACGGUGAUCUGUAUUGUACAGAAUGUUUCAAUGAAGGACACCGUGGCAGAGACGCCCCGUACGAUAUGAAGACGCAUAAGGCAUUAGCAUACAAUAAAAAGAAGCCUAUGGCUGCAUAA